AUGGCUUCUAACCAGGCUCAGGCUUCUUCGGGGAGCGAUAUCAACGUAACGUUGCAAUUCGGGAGUGGUGGCGACCCGCAGCAGCAUGGCGGCGAGGGAAAUCUCACCACGAACCAAGGCAUAAUUGUUUCGGAUAACCAAAAUAGUCUUAAAGCAGGCACACGCGGUCCCACUCUACUUGAGGACUUUGUCCUGCGGGAGAAAAUUUUUCAUUUUGAUCAUGAGCGUAUCCCAGAGCGCAUUGUGCACGCUCGUGGUUCCGGUGCACAUGGGUACUUUGAGGCUACGGAGGACAUCUCGCACCUGAGCAGAGCGCAUGUUUUUAAGAAAGGAACUAAGACGCCUGUGUUUGCACGUUUCUCCACUGUCGUAGGCGGCGCGGGGUCGGUCGACACACCUCGUGAUGUGCGAGGCUUUUCAGUCAAGUUCUACACGGACGAAGGCAACUGGGAUUUCGUCGGUAACAACAUUCCUGUUUUCUUUAUUCAGGAUGCGAUCAAGUUCCCAGACUUGAUCCAUGCGGCGAAGAUGGAAGCGGAUCGCGGUUAUCCGCAGGCUGCAACGGCGCACGAUACCUUCUGGGACUGUGCCACGCUUAUGCCUGAGUCCACGCACAUGCAGCUCUGGGCUAUGUCCGACCGCGGUCUUCCGCGCUCAAUUCGCAUGAUGGAGGGCUUUGGUAUUCACACCUUCCAGCUGGUGAAUGAGCGCGGAGAUGCGCAUUUUGUUAAAUUCCACUGGAAACCAAAGCUUGGCGUUCAAUCCACCUUAUGGGAUGAAACGACCAAGAUUCAGGGUGCAAACAACGACUAUCACCGCAAAGACCUUUUUGAGUCUAUCGAAUCAGGCAUGUACCCCGAGUGGCAACUCGGUAUCCAGGUGUUUGACAAGGAAUUUGCCGACGCUCAGCCUUACGACGUGCUGGACUCGACCAAACUGAUUCCAGAGGAAGAUGUUCCAGUCAAGUUCAUUGGCCGUAUGGUGCUGAACCGCAACCCUGAUAACUUCUUUGCCGAAACGGAGCAGGUCGCGUUCUGCCCAUCGAACGUCGUUCCCGGUAUUGACUUCUCAGACGAUCCCUUGCUGCAGGGACGCCUGUUUUCUUACCUGGACACUCAAAAGUCACGCUUGGGUACUGCGAACUUCCAUCAGCUUCCAAUUAACCAUCCGAAGGUGCCUGUGCGCAACUUUCAGCGUGAUGGCAUGAUGCAAAUGAGCAUUCCGAAGGGGCGUGCAAACUAUGAACCGAAUAGCUUGUACGAGGCCGAUGAACCUACCGGUCCUCGCGCAUGUCCUUUCGCCGCCGCUUUCCGUACCUCGGAUGAAGUAAUAGGGCCCCGUCAGCGUGGUCCUAAGCUCCGCGCCCGUGAUGAGCGAUUUGCCGAUCACUACAGUCAGGCACGCCAAUACUGGAAGUCGCUCACGGAGUCUGAGCAGAACCACACGGUCGGUGGCUUUGUGUUCGAACUUUCGCAAGUGUCUCUUCCACAUGUACUCAAGCGAGCCGUCGCCAACUUGCGCAACGUGGACGAGUCGCUUGCUCGCCGUGUAGCCCAAGGUCUUGGCAUCGAACUUCCGGAGAAGUCGAAGUCGCUUCGCGAGCCUGUUGAUCUACCUGCCAGUCCAGCGCUGUCUAUUCAGCGAAACGCAAAACAGACCAUCGAGGGACGGUCAAUUGGUAUUCUUAUUAAUGAAGGAAGCGACAAGGAUAAGAUUGAGCAUCUGAAAAACAUGAUUAGAGAGCACAAUGGUGUCCCAGCCUUGAUUGCUCCCCGUGCACACGGCAUAAAGCUAUCGGAUGGCUCAAAGGUGGAUGUGGAUGGUAUCCUUGCAGGCAUGCCCUCCGUUGUAUUUGAUGCAGUAGCCGUUGUUCUGUCAAAGGAAGGCACGGACAAGCUAGUGAAGGAAUUGACUGCUGUUCAGUGGGUGCAAGAUGCUUACGCGCACCUGAAAGCCAUCACCUACACCAAAGAAUCUCAAGGUCUACUCGAGAAAGCUGGUGUGGAUAUGAACGUGAGAGGCAUUUCUACGGAUUUGGGUGCUGAAUUCAUUAAGAAUGCUGGCACUCGCUUUUGGGAACGCGAGCUAUUGUGA